GCUACCGGCAGGACAGGCUGUGCCGUGAUGAGCUGCAACAGGGUGAGGAGGCUGGGAAGGAGGAUGACAGCAUGCUGAAGGCUGCGAGGAAGGUGACGCUGGAACCAGGAAUAUGUUGAGUCCCAAGAUAAGGCAGGCCAGGAGAGCCCGGUCGAAGAGCUUGGUGAUGGGCGAGCAGACCGGGCUACCCUCCAGGCCAUCAUCCCCUAGCCCACAGGAUCGAGUGCUGAAGUCUGGCUGGCUGAAGAAGCAGAGGAGCAUCAUGAAGAAUUGGCAGCAACGGUGGUUUGUGCUGCGUGGGGACCAGCUCUUCUACUAUAAGGAUGAGGAGGAAACCAAACCGCAGGGUUUCAUUCCACUGCAAGGCAAUCAGGUGAGCGAGCUGACCCCUCAUGCUGAGGAACCAGGGAAACACCUCUUUGAAAUUGCCCCAGGUGGUGCGGGGGACCGAGAAAAGAUGCCUGUCAAUCAUGAAGCCUUCCUGCUCAUGGCUAAUUCCCAGAACGAGAUGGAAGAUUGGGUGAAAGCCAUCCGGCGGGUCAUAUGGGCUCCCUUUGGUGGAGGUAUUGCACAUAGCUCACAUGCACAUAAAUUAAAACUGUUGCCUCAAGGGAUCUUCGGGCAGCGAUUGGAAGACACGGUGCAAUACGAGCGGAAGUACGGCCUGCGGCUGGCCCCACUGCUGGUGGAGCAAUGUGUGGAUUUUAUCCGGGAGCGAGGCCUCACCGAGGAAGGGCUCUUUCGCAUGCCUGGUCAAGCCAACCUUGUCAAGGACCUGCAGGAUUCAUUUGAUUGUGGAGAGAAGCCCCUCUUUGACAGCAACACGGAUGUUCACACCGUGGCAUCCCUCCUGAAGCUUUAUCUCCGAGAGCUGCCAGAGCCCGUCAUCCCCUUUGCCAAAUAUGAAGACUUCCUGUCAUGUGGACAGCUGCUCUCCAAGGACAAGGGAGAGGGCACCCGAGAGCUGGCUAAACAGGUGAAGACCCUGCCCCAGGCAAACUACAACCUCCUCAAAUACAUAUGCAAAUUCCUCGAUGAAGUUCAGGCUCACUCCAGUGUGAACAAGAUGAGCGUCCAGAACCUCGCUACGGUGUUCGGCCCAAAUAUACUGCGGCCCAAAAUGGAAGAUCCAGUCACCAUCAUGGAGGGCACCUCGCUGGUCCAGCACUUGAUGACGGUGUUGAUAAGUGAACACGGACAAAUCUUUGCCAUUUCGCAGGCCGACGUGGCCGGGGCUCAGCCCGAAGCCCGCUCUGUGCUGCAGCGCAGCAUGGUGGAGUGGAUCUCCGAGGAAGAUGGGGAGGAGAGCAGGUCGGAGAAGAGCGCCUCCAGCCCUGCCGACCUGCCUUCUAGCAGUGCCAUGGCGCCGGACGCCACGCCCAGCUUGCUGGCGAAAAACGCCCCUCAGGAGCACAGCAGCAAAGCCACCCAGCCUGCCACCAGCCCCAGCAAGAGGGUGCAGACAUUACCCACCUGGAAGUACUCCUUCCGGCAACAGGGGGCAAGGUCUGUCAGCCCCAAGCUGGGUAGCUCGUCCUUAGACAUUCCUAAUCUCUCCUCCAGCGGGAACUGGCUGAUGAAUGGACUGUACUCUCUCCGAGGCCACCGCCGGACGUCCUCUGGGGAGCGGGUGAAAGACUCAGGUUCAUCCCAAAGACUCUCCACCUACGACAACGUCCCCUCCUCCAGCCUCUCCCUGAGCGCACACAGCAUCUCCAGCACUGCUUGGUCCACCUCGUCCUGUGAGAUCUCUGUCGUCGAUUCUGUCAGCAGCUGCCCGGCCUGCCGGGCCAGUGACUCCUCUGCUUUAAGCUCCCUCAAAACGGAAUGGGCCACUCAGGGCUCGCUGUCGCAGAGCGAGGUCAAGACUGUGGACCUGGAGAACAGCAUGGAAAGGUUCGAAAUGUGCAUCAGCAGCUGCAGCGAGCAGAGUGACCUGGCGGCUGCUUCCAAAGACUCAGCCAAAUGCUCCAGGGCUCUGCAGAGCCUGGUUUCAGAGCUAAAGACAGGACUGAGCAAACAGAGGACUGAGUAUGAGUCUAGUAUCAAAAGAAUUGAAGAAACAAGCGCUGACCUGAGAAAACGAGUGACAAGGUUGGAAGAGGAGUUGGACCAGGAGCGAAAGAAAUACACAAUGCUGGAGAUCAAACUGAGGAAUUCGGAGCGUGCGCGUGAAGAUGCUGAAAAGAGAAACCAGCUCCUGCAGACAGAAAUGGAAGAGUUUUUUUCGACAUUAGGAAAUUUGACUGUUGCAAGCCGGGGAGCUAAAGUGGCGAAGUAAAGGCAGCAGAAGUACACUAGCGACCGUGUUUUUUAAUUCCAGCACAAGUCAUUUUGUUCUGGGUUACUCGUGCAUCAUGAGUAUUUUUGCAGUGAGUCCCUGCUCUUAAGGAUUUUUGCUAUGUUGUUUUGUUUACAUAUGCUAUAGUAUUUGGGCUGUCAGGGAAACUGACUGUUAAAGGCAGUGCUUGAAACUGUAGACACCAAAUUGCAGAUGGCUGGGCCUCUCUUUCCUAAUGUCAAAGGGACAACUCUGUCACUGCAGUCAUGGCACUGUCUUUGGCUUUACUGGGCCACCCUUUGCUGGUCCAGAGACAACAGUAAUGCUCCCAACACUGCUGCCAUGGCCUAAGAGAGCGGCAGGCAGGCUGGCUGGAGCUGAAGGAGCACGCACAGUUCCUGUGGAGGAGACGACACCGCUAGCCUGACAGUGGAUUUAGCUCGUGAUGAAUCAAGUUGAACUUGGCAGGUUUUCCAAUCUUCAUGAAAUUUGUUUAAAAAUCUGCUUGGUGAAAGUUCUUAUUCCUGUACUUGGUAUUAUUUUAUGAAGGGGUUUUGCAAAAUUAGCUGACAAGCACUCGAAGUGUCAGACUUUCACAUGCCUUCAUUAGUCACCCAAUUUCUAACCCCAACCCAGCCAUGCCCAAACUAUGACUCUAAAUAUUAUUAUUUGCACCAAAUGUGACUUAAUAAAAUAUGUGAUUAAUAAA